AUGGCCGCCUUAACCAAAUCAAACCUCCCUCUCCGCCGCUUUCUCUCUCCUCUCUCCCAACGACUUCUCAAUCCCUCUUCUUUCUCUUCAGCUCCAGAGCCUCAUCUCCAAGACGAAAACGACACUUCCCAAACUGCCCCCACCGAAGAAACCCUAAUCGCCGACACAUUCCACUCCCUAAUCAAAGACCACCACCGCAACAACCCUAACCCUAAUCCCAACCCCGCUCCUCCAAACCCUACCUACACCAUCCCUUCUCUCUCCUCCGACUUCUCCCAGCUCUCCGCCGCCGGCUCCGUUUCUCCGGCCGUCGUCCGCCGCGUCCUCGAGAAAUGCGGCGCCGUCCGCCACGGCAUCCCCGUCCUCCAGGCCGUCGCGUUCUUCAACUGGGCCACGUCACGUGAGGGUUUCGAGCACAAUCCGGAGCCUUACAACGAAAUGGUCGACCUCGCCGGAAAGGUGAGGCAAUUCGAUUUGGCUUGGCACGUGAUCGACUUGAUGAAAGCUCGGAAUGUUGAGAUUACUGUGGAGACAUUCUCGAUUCUUGUGCGGCGGUAUGUCAGGGCCGGACUGGCUGCGGAGGCAGUGCACGCGUUUAACCGUAUGGAGGAGUAUGGUGUCAGUCCGGAUAGGAUUGCAUUCUCGGUUGUGAUUGGGAUUCUCUGUAAGAAGAGAAGGGCAAGUGAAGCGCAGGCGUUUUUCGAUAGCUUGAAGCAUAAGUUUGAGGCUGAUGUGAUUCUGUACACUAGCUUGGUUAAUGGUUGGUGUAGGGCUGGGAAUAUUGCGGAGGCAGAGAGGGUGUUUAAUGAGAUGAAGGCUGCGGGGAUUGAGCCAAAUGUGUAUAGUUACAGCAUUGUGAUCGAUGCAUUGUGUAGGUGCGGACAGAUUACUCGCGCUCAUGAUGUGUUUGCGGAGAUGAUUGAUGCGGGUUGCAAUCCGAAUUCAAUCACUUUUAACAAUCUAAUGAGAGUUCAUGUGAAGGCUGGAAGAACAGAAAAGGUGUUGCAGGUUUAUAAUCAGAUGAAGAGGCUGGGAUGCAAUGCGGAUGUCAUUACUUAUAAUUUUCUCAUAGAGUGUCAUUGUAAGGAUGAGAAUGUUGAAGAGGCUGCUAAGGUGCUGAAUUUGAUGGUGAAGAAAGGCUGCAGCCCUAAUGCAUCGACUUUCAAUCCUAUAUUUCGGUGCAUUGCAAAGCUGAAGGAUGUGAAUGGUGCUCACAGGAUGUAUACCAAGAUGAAAGAUUUGGAUUGCAAGGCGAACACAGUGACCUACAAUGUGUUAAUGCAGAUGUUUGCCGAGUCAAAGUCUACUGACAUGGUGCUCAAGCUGAAGAAGGAGAUGGAUGAGAAUGAAGUGGAGCCUAACGUGAACACGUAUAAGGUCUUGAUCUCUAUGUAUUGUGCAAUGGGGCACUGGAACAAUGCUUACAAGUUUUUUAGGGAGAUGAUUGAGGAGAAAUGCUUAAAACCGAGUAUGCCUGUUUAUGAGAUGGUUCUGAAGCAGUUGAGGAAUGCAGGACAGUUGAAGAAACAUGAGGAAUUGGUGGAAAAAAUGGUUGACAGGGGAUUUGUUACCCGGCCAUUGGCAGUCUAG